UCAGACGCUGUCAGGUGUGAAAUACUGAACACACUCCGUGACAAGGCUGUGAUGCAGAAUGUUUGAGAAAAUGUGCUUUGUGUGGCCAUCAGAAGCUUUCGUCCGAUGCACCGUUUGACCUCGACAAAUGACCCGCUGGUGUCUGGUGACUAUUCAGACUGUGUUUGCAACCGUUUUAAGAUCCAUCCAGUAUGAAUCAAUCGCACGGGAGAAGACUGAGGUUGUGUAAAACACUGAGCGUCGUCUGCGUGACUCUCAUGUGCUGGAUCUGCUGGCUUUCAUUGAGCCGGAGUCAGAACGUUUGGAAGAGAAGCGCUCAUGAACCAGAAACAGCUCCGAGGUCGUCUUACGAAGCCAGAACCGAUCUGGACAUGAGUCCCUCCUUAAAGAUACUCAAAACACGAGAAUAUUCUAGAUGCAUUUAUAUCAGCGCUAAACCCAAACCUCCGGUCAACACCAGCGGUGUCGCCAGAAGUCCUUCAGCUCCUCACAGAACCCUUCACUAUCCAGAAGAUCUCUUCACGUUAGAGCAGCGCAGACACGGCUGGGUUCUUCUUCACAUCGCUGCUCUGAUUUACACCUUCUUUGCUUUAGUCAUCGUGUGCGAAGAAUUCCUCAUCCCGUCUUUGGGAAUCCUGACAGAAAAACUCAGCGUCUCCGCAGAUCUCUCAGCGGUGAACUUCAUGGCCGCCGGAGGUUUUGUACCCGAGUUCUUCAUGUCUCUCAUGGGGCUCUUUCUCUCCAGCGCUCGCGUGGGUGUCGGAGUCGUCGUGGGUUCAGGGUUUUUUAACGUUCUGGCUGUUAUGGGCGCGUGCGCCGCGUUCUCUCACGACACGCUCAGUUUGACCUGGUGGCCGCUCUGCAGGGAUGUGAUGUUCUACACGUGUGAUGUGCUCAUCCUGCUCGUGGUUCUCAUGGAUGACAUCAUCACCUGGCGGGAAAGCCUGUCGCUUCUGAUGGGGUGUGUGGUGUACGUCACCUUCAUCAAACACAACAAGGUUCUAGAAGAAACCGUCAAAGUGCACCUGCAGAAACACGACAACAUCACUAAAGUUCUGGCCAUCGAUGAACCUGAGAAGGUCAACUCUAUUCACGCUAAUUUAAUGCAAAAGCAUUAUUGUUGCGUCGAUGAUGCGAGCAAACAUUCAGCAAUAUCUGCGCAGCCAAACCCAGCGGAACCUUCCGCACAUAAAGAUGAAGAACAACAGACCAGAGAGUCUGAGAGCAGUGAGGAGGAGGAGGAAGAUGAGGAUGAGGAAGAGAGUGGCAGCAGUGAUGGAGAUGACAGUGAUUUCUCUGGUGAUGAAGAAGAAAGCAGUGAUGAUGAUGAGGAGGAGGAUGAAGGUGUCAGUGAUGUGGCCCUGUCUCUUAAAUGGCCGGAGGAGAAACACAAACAGGCUUCAUAUGUUCUGUUAUUACCCAUCACCGGCUGUCUGUGGUUGACCCUCCCUGACCCCCGCAGACAGACUUCACGGCAGUAUUUUGUGGUGACUUUGAUGGGUUCUCUGCUCUGGAUCGGACUCUUCUCUUAUGUGAUGUUGUGUUUGUCUCAUCGGGUGAGUGAGACUCUGGGUGUAUCUGAAGAGUUGAUGUCUGUGAGCGUUCUGUCAGCGGGUGUUUCUCUACCCAAUCUCAUCACAGCUCUUCUAACAGCACAGAAGGGUUCGGCUGAAACCGCCGUGUCCAACUCAAUGGGCAUCAAUGUGUUUGACAUCACCCUCGGACUGCCGGUGUCGUGGCUCGUGUCAUCAGCGGUCAGUGGAGGAUCUGUUGUGUCCAUCAGCAGCGGUGGACUCUUCUUCAUGGUUCUUCUGUUCCUCCUCACAUUGAUCUCUGCUGUCGUCUGCGUCGCUGCUCUCCGCUGGAGGAUGAACAAACGGUUCGGUGGCGUGAUGCUGAUGUCAUAUUUCAUCUUUCUGUUUCUCAGCGUGCUGUUAGUGUGACCUCGCACUGAUCAUCUCUGAAAACAAAGCUGAGUGAUGUACUAUUCAUUCUACCACUUCUAGAACUGAAAACAGAUGAAAUGAGACCGCUUUGAAAACUUCUUUGAAUUUUUGUAACAUCACAAAGAUUAAUAAAUCAUCG